AUGCAGUUCAAUCUGAACACGAUAUCAGCUGCAUUAAAUUGUACCGAACGGCUACAUGAAGAAGUAAAACCAAUACAGCUUGCCCAAACAAACACAGCGACAGUAUUUAGCUCGCCACCAACGGAAAGUUUGUUAAAAGAGCUAACCAAUGAUUUUCGGUUUACGCCCUCACUGCUCCAUGCUGGCGCAUUCGUUGUUGCCAACGACGAAGUCCUUGUGCUUCUCGCUUGUAAAGUCUAUGGAGGGUUCAAAUCUGCUGAUAUCCAUAACGAUAAUCCAAUGAAGUCGACACCGUCCUUCUGUGAGAAAAUAUUUGUUGAGAUAUACGAAGAGUUCGACGGAGUAGAGAUAAAGAAGAUGUUGAAAAUUGGUGCCAAGUAUAUGGACAUAUUGGUCACAAUGUCGACUGGUUUGACGACAGAAAAUAUUGAACGAUUUAAAGAAACGAUGGCGCAAGGAGCUGAAUAUUGUCCGCCUCAAGACUUAAAUGCACUGUGCCAACUGGUGUCCGGUUUCGGUGACCUAAGCACUUAUUAAUUAUUGUGUGCAUCGACAGAAUACCUUCUGCCUAUUCACGAGACGUUGUUGCCUUCAACAAUUUUCACUCUUUGCGAUCUGCUACACAACGGCAAUUAUGGUGUGUCCAACACAGUUGCUACGAAAAUUGAGUCACGCUUCUUAAGCGUUCUGGCAGCAUCAGGCUAAAAAACGACUUUAAGAUAUCGCGGAAAAGACUUCAAGCAUCACUGCAGAUAUACCGUGGGCAGUCCUUUGACAAAAAAACCAAGUAAUAGAAGGCUGCGCACGACUUCGCAAAGAAUUUGGAACAACAGU